AAAAUAACAUAAGCUUUCGCUAAACCCAGAAGGGCGAAAACUAAAAUCUCGCCUUCUUUCUUCCUCCAAGGGUUUGCGUUUUUGGUCGUCUGCCUAGUCCAGUGAGGUUAUAAAAAACUUUCAGGGAUCCACCUCACGCAUCCACACGCAGAGGGAUAGAGGUAGAGAGAGAGGUCCCGCAAUCAAUCAUGAGUCUGAUAGCAGGCUCGUACGAGAAAUACAUAUGGGGCUUCAAGCUCAAACCACUUGAAACCCCGUACCUCGCCCUCACCCCUCUUUUCUCCUACCCAUCCCACCAAUCCCCCAUAACUACCGUCGCCGCAUGCGGCCACGUCGCUGCCUCUGGCGGCGCCGACGACACCAUCCACCUCUACGACCUCCCCUCUGCUUCCUACCUUGGCUCCCUCCACGACCACUCCUCCUCCCUCACCUCUCUCUCCUUCUUCUCCCCUCCCAACCUUUCCUUCCCCCGUAACCUCAUCUCUGCCGCCUCCGACGGCUCCGUUUCUAUCUUCGACGCCGACCCUUUCGUCCUCCUCAAGUCCAUCCGCCCCCACAGGAAGGCCAUCAACGACCUCUCCGUCCACCCUUCUGGAAAGCUGGCUUUAACUGUGGCCCGCGACGAGUGCUUGGCCAUGCUCAACUUGGUGCGUGGGAGGAGGAGCUUUUGUUGCAGGCUGGGGAGGGAGGCCAGUUUGGUGAAAUUUGAUUUGGGUGGGGACAGGUUUUUCAUGGUUGUGGAGGAAAAGGUCGGGGUCCACGAGGCGGAGGAUGCCAGGUUGCUGUGCGAGUUGGAGAACCCCAAGCAGAAACGGGUCCUUUGCGCCGCGCCCGCUGAGAAUGGAGUUCUAUAUACUGGUGGUGAGGACCGAAAUAUUACGGCAUGGGACACGAGAAGUGGGAAGGUUGCAUAUUGCAUUGAAGAUGCACACUCUGCCCGUUUGAAAGGUAUUGUUGUGCUCACGAGGAAUGAUGGUACUGCUUCUGGUGAUGACCCCUUUUUAGUGGCUUCUGCAUCAUCAGAUGGGGUGAUUCGUGUCUGGGAUGUUCGCAUGGCCAUUAAAGAAAAGCCAAAUCCAUUGGCUGAAGCUAACACAAAAUCGAGGCUAACUUGUCUUGCUGGAUCACCUCUUAAAUCUAAACAACCUCGGUCUGGAAGCAGCAGUAUUCAAAAAGAGCAGGAUGAAGAGAUGUAAGAUUCAUGAUAUUAAUAAGAUCAUGACUCCUGACGAAGAAGAAUGAAUUGCUGAUUGGCAAAAUUAGCGUAAAUUUCUUGAAUUGCUGUUUAUAGGUUUUCUCUGAGAAAUUUAGCGUGUUCUGUUCACUCAAAUGUCAGGCUCAAUUAGCUGACCGUUGAAUUUUGAUGUUUAUGAUACUUGCUUAUAUUAAUUUAAAUGGGUAUAGCUUGAGUUUA